UGUGGCUCCUUUCUCCCGGUAAAUCCUCCGCUUGGGCAACUACUUCUGGAACGGAGGCAGAUAGGAAUUUGGGGAGGACAGGGAUUCAACUGUCGUUUUCUCAGCUGUCACCCUCCUUCUGUUAUUUGAGAUGUUUUACAUGAUUGGUUUGGGCCUGGGAGAUGCUAAGGACAUCACAGUCAAGGGCCUGGAAGUUGUCAGACGCUGCAGUCGAGUGUAUCUGGAAGCCUAUACGUCAGUCCUGACUGUAGGGAAAGAAGUUCUGGAAGAGUUUUAUGAGAGAAAAUUGAUUCUCGCUGAUAGAGAAGAAGUGGAACAGGAGGCAGAUAAUAUUUUAAAGGAUGCUGAUAUCAGUGAUGUUGCAUUCCUUGUAGUUGGUGAUCCAUUUGGGGCUACAACACACAGUGCUCUUAUUCUGAGAGCAACAAAACUGGGGAUUCCUUACAGAGUUAUACACAAUGCGUCCAUAAUGAAUGCUGUAGGCUGCUGCGGUUUGCAGUUGUAUAAGUUUGGGGAGACAGUGUCUAUCGUUUUCUGGACGGACACUUGGAGACCAGAAAGCUUCUUUGACAGAGUGAAGAAGAACAGACAAAAUGGCACGCACACUUUGUGCCUACUAGAUAUCAAAGUAAAGGAACAGUCUGUGGAAAAUCUAAUCAGGGGAAGAAAGAUCUAUGAACCUCCUCGGUAUAUGAGUGUCAACCAAGCAGCCCAGCAACUUCUGGAGGUUGUUCAGAAUCAGCGAAUACGAGGAGAAGAACCAGCAGUCACCGAGGAGACACUCUGUGUUGGCUUAGCCAGGGUUGGAGCUGAGGACCAGAAAAUUGCAGCAGGCACUUUGCAGCAGAUGUCUACUGUGGACUUGGGAGGACCACUGCAUUCCUUGAUUAUCACAGGAGGCAGCUUGCAUCCACUGGAGAUGGAGAUGCUAAGUCUGUUUACCAUACCAGAAAAUAGCUCAGGAUCCCAAAGCACUGGUGGACUCUGAAUACAGGCAUUUUCUAUUGCGAGAUGUUAAUUUCAGUCAUAUAUAUACAUACAUGUAUUUGUGUGACAAAUCAAACAGGUCUUUUGGUUUACCUAAUAAAUAUAAAUUGAGUGACCAAGAAGAAAGAUAUUCCAACAGCACUUGGUUUCCUGUGUCAAUGAGUUUUUACCCUGUGAUAUCAUUGGUUGUUGCUGCUAUUUUGGCAGUUUUUCAGGAUGAACAUACAUGGAACAGACCAAACUGGAGAACUUACAGCUAGAUAUCCAUAGACAGAAUGAUUUAAAAGCAAUGUCUGUUUAUGAAAUCAGUUUAUACAAGAUAGAACUUUCUUCUUUCUUAAAAAGUCUGAUGUCCUGACUGCGAGAUACAUUGUCCUGACAGCACAUGGUAUUCAUGCAUAUAAACAGAGAUGAGAAGAAUAUGUCACCAGCCAACAGUCCCACCUACUUAGGGCUCAGCUGAGCAUGUGCCACAGAAUGACAUCCUUUUGCAUUGCCUUGUCUUGUUUAGCUGACAUCCUAAUUAUGUGCCUCAUAUUCUGCUGUAUUUUGUAGGUUAUAUAAUUGUUGAAUUAUAAAUGUUCAGCCAGCCAUGUACAGUUGCUGUUUGGUUUUAAAUAGCAUCUUUCACAUCCAAGCUGAAAAAUGGAAAAUUUGCUGACUACAAAAUAAAAUUUUUAAAAAUUUAAGCUUGAAGACAACAAUAGAUUGGUCAAGAUUUGUCAUAUCACUUAAUAGUUAAUAUGCCUCCAUAUGUAUGCGAGUAGCCACAUUCUUCUUCCUAGUUGUAAAUCACACUCCAUUUAUUAUGUUUCAUGACUAUGAAGUCUUAUACUUUUUGUCAGUUCAUAAUGGAAAUAGCAUUGCUCCAUGGUAGUUUAGUUGGUCUAACUCUGAUUUCAGUUGACCCUUGAACAACACAGGUUUGAACUGUGUGGGUCCACAAAAUACAUACUCAGUACUGCACAGUCUGGUUGGUUGAAUCUGCAAUUGGUUGAAUCCAGGGAUAUGGAACCAUGGAUGUUUUCAACUGCAUGAAAGGGUCAGUUGCCCUAACCCCUAUAUUGUUCAAUUUCAGUCAACUGUGUUUCCAUGGCCUAAUCAGUUUAUCUGACCUCUUUGCUCAGUAGAUUCACUGGAAGUUGAGCAAGUACUUCCCUACUUUCUGGGAGCAACAAUUAAUAGGAGAUUAUUUUGAGUUAUUUCACUUGAGAUAAAAGAUAUCUUAAUAUAUGUAAAACAUUCUACUUUCAAUCUGUCAGAUGCAAAAUAAGAGAGAGCCAAGGACAUUUAAGUAACAGUUCUCUAUUUUUUUUCUAAGGCAUUAAACAGUGAAGAAUUAUAAAA